GGUACAAAUAGGAUCACAGUUUGGUUUAUAUACCUUUGGCAUUCACGAUUUGUGUGUAAGACAAUGUUAACUGUAUUAUUCUUACAAAAUUGUUAGUUUUCACGUACCAUUGCAUUUUAAUUGACGAUUUUAAUAAAUGUAGAAAUUUAUUUUAUAUAAAGAAAAAUAAAUAUGAUAUUCCAAAAGCUUUUAACAAAUGGCGAAAUAAUGUUAAUCGCUACAAUAGCACUUUGCACUGCUAUCAAUAUCGAAAAUGACAUUACAGUUAGUAACCAUUUACCGGAUUAUAUAAUACCAUUACAUUAUUAUGCUAAAAUAAGAUUUAACUACAAAACAAAUGACAUUAUUGGUGAAUGUUAUAUAACUAUAGAUAUUAUUCGUCAAAUAGAAAAUAUAUCUAUGCAUGCAGCGGCUUUCACUAUAUUUAAAAUUGCUUUGCAUGACAACUUUCUUAGUAAAAAAAUUUAUGUUCCAAGAUAUUCAAUUACUAAUAAAUUAAAUAAACUUAUGAUUGAUUUUACUAAGACUCUAAAAGAGCAAAAAUUUUUACCACCUGGAAGAUACACUUUAAUGAUAGCAUAUAUGCGUCACCUAAAUAAUAACAAAGAAUACUUUAUUCAAUCUCUAUUCUCCAAUAAAGAACUAGACAACAUGUUAAUAGCGACAGAUGUUGAUGUAAUAACCGCUCGACAACUACUCCCAUGCUGGGACAAAACGGCAUUUCAUUCCACCUUUAAAAUUUCUAUCAAGCAUCAUAAAAAUUACACAGCUUUAUCAAAUAUGCCUAUACAAACAACAGAAAAUGAUGACAAACGUGACAUGAUGUGGACACAUUUUGAGAAAUCACCUUUAAUGUCCAUUCAACAUUUAAGGGUUGUGAUAACCACAUUCACUUCCAACAUUUCUUCGGCAAAUGUCACAUUUUGGGGUAGAAAAAAUAUGACAUACUAUUUACAUUUAGCGAAAUGUAUCGCCCAACAAGUCCUAUACUCUGUGAAACGUGAAACUAGUAUAGACAAAUUUCCAAAAAUAGACUAUGUUGCAUUCUGGGAUACUCAACACAAUAGCACUGAGACAUGGGGACUGAUUAUACACAGAGAAGCUGAUAUUAUUCAUAACGAAACCUCGGAUCCCGUUGGACAUAAAAUAAAAGUGUCAUACUUAAUAACAUAUCAAAUAGUAUCUCUUUGGUAUAAUGAUGUGUUGCUGUGGUCAAAACCAGGUUUCGUUAGAUUGCUUGCAACUUAUAUCUACCAUCAGAUUCCUCCGGAUUAUGACAUAAUAAAUUUAUUUAUCGUGGAAACACAACGGGAUUCUUUUCUCUUUGAUACUCCUUCUAAUGCAAAUGAAAUGAAUUCACUCUUAGCUAUCUUCUAGAUCAUAUAAAA